AUGACUCGUACCCUCCCUCUUUUUACCCAUUUCGCUGGCAAUUAAGUCCGUUACACUUGAUUUGCUGCGAAGCCUUCCGACCGAAUCCACUCCUCGGUUGCUCUCGGUCGACUGCCGCCGCCCAGCCGACUCGACCUUCCCAUCGGCCUGGUCAGCUAUUUCUUGGAUCGUUUGCCCUUCCUCUUUUGUCCGACCUCGUUGGCCACCAUAGUCCGGUACACUGGACUUGCUGCGAGCCUUGCAGCCGCGUAUCCUCCGCGGUUGCCUCUCGGUCGACUUCCGCCGCCCAGCCGACUCGACCUUCCCACCGGCCUGGUCAGCUAUUUCUUGGAUCGUUUGCCCUCCCUCUUCUGUCCGACCUCGUUGGCUACCAUAGUUCGGUACACUGGACUUGCUGCGAGCCUUGCAGCCGCGUAUCCUCCGCGGUUGCCUCUCGGUCGACUGCCGCCGCCUCGGUCGACACCCCCUUCGCUCCUUCGCGCUUUCGCGCGCUCUCUCGCUCUCUCCCUCGUCUCUCGCGUGUAGUCAUCGUCAUCCCCUCCGACGUUGCCUGUCAGUUGAUCAAUCCCACCGAAAAGGUCAAACCCCGGGUAUACCCCCUUGCCGACAAAUAUCGCAGCCAGUGGGCGGAACACUCAGCUAAGUACACUCGUGGUCGAUUCUGGGUUUCGGGUCCGAUCGAUUCUGCGGCUCCGGUCUUUGCCAUUCCGAAGAAGAACUCCCAGACGGCUCGUUUCGUGAUCGACCUCCGCGCGCGCAACAGCAACACCGUCAAGCGUUUUUCGCCCAUCCCGGACAUGACCAAUGUUCGAUACGAGGUGGCUCGAUCGCGUUAUCGCUCUAAAUUCGACGUGGCCGCGGCAUUUGAGCAGGUUCGGGUCAUACCGGAGCACGUCGAUCGCACCGGCUUCGCAACGGUGACGGGCACGUACACGUCGCGGGUCAUGCAGUUUGGUGACACCAAUGCGCCCAAUACCCUCAACCUCUUGACCUCGGCGAUGUUCCAGCCGUGUCUCCCGUUCGCCAAGAUCUUUUUCGACGAUGUCCACGUCCAUUCCGAUACCCGUCGUGCGCACUUGAGACACAUCAAGAUCCUGCUGAUGACAUUGAGACAUUACCGGUUCUACUUAGGAUCCAAGAAGUCCGAGUGGUUCUCAAAGUCGUUGGACUCCUUGGGCACCAUCAUUUCUGACGUCGGCAUCGAAGUCGACCCCGCCAAGUGGGUGCGUAUCCGUCAGUGGCCGAUCCCUUGCAACAAGACCGAUGUCCAGCGCUUCCUCGGCACCGUCAACUGGAUGCGAGAUCACCUACCGCACCUCUCAAAGAUUUUGGAGCCGAUCACCGCGUUAAUGGCGCAAGCGACGUCAUGGCGUUGGAACGAGCGAGAACAGCAGGCUUUCGAUACCGUCAAGUCCCUUGUGCCCGCCAUCCUACGACCGAUCGAUGGCGCCAAGGUUACCUCGGGCGAGCACAAGAUGUACCUCUUCACGGAUGCCAGUCGGGUUGGCAUUGGCGCUUGUUUGGCGUCUGGGCCCAACCGUUCGCAGGCCGUUCCAACGCGAUUCUUUUCCGCUAAGUUCAACGGUGCUCAGCUCAACUAUCAUGUCACUGAUAAAGAGUUCUUGGCUGUUGUCUCGGCGUGUCGGGCGUUCGAGCAGCACUUGAUCGGUUACCCCUUCGUCAUCGUCACCGACCAUCAGGCCCUUCGCACGAUAAAAACCCAAAAACUGCGCCAAACGCCUCGGCACAUCCGCAUGUGUCUCGAACUCAGCCGUUUCGACUUCGAAUUUGAAUUCAUUGCUGGCAAGAACAACACCCUGGCCGAUUCGUUGUCGCGUCUGUGGGAGGUCAAGCAGGGUUCACACGAGGAUCAGGUCAAGGAGAAUGAGUUGGAGGACAUGUUCUUUGAUGGAGAACGCCACGAAUUCACUACACCCGGUGAGAGCCUCCCUGAGGAACGUCCUUGCACUUCACCAUCUCCCGAUCGGUUGCCUCCUGUUGAUUUUGCCCUCGGGCCCCAACACGACGAUUGCGAGGCAGGCUCUCCCGGAUACUACGCGCUCAAGGAGGAAUCGCAAGACGAGGACGUGAAUGGACAGGAAUUAGGGAAUUUGUUCUUGAAGGAAGAAUGCCACGAGUUCAUUACGCCCGGUGAGAGCCUCCUCGAGGAACGUCCUUACACCUCACCUUCGCACGAUCGGUUGCCCCCUGUUGUGAGGAAUCCACUCUCCGCUCGGCUCAGGACUUAG